CGUGAUUGACGUUUACGUCCGUGACGCCCGGGAGGGCAAGGACGUGGGGUUUCCGAGAGUGCGCAGUAAGUGCGACGGCGACGACCCCCCCCUCGGCCUUUUUAGGGAGGGGGCGACGCUGAGAUGGGGGCGGCGGCGGCGGAAGCGGAUCGCACUCUCUUUGUGGGCAACCUUGAAACUAAAGUGACCGAGGAGCUCCUCUUCGAGCUUUUCCACCAGGCUGGACCGGUAGUAAAAGUGAAAAUUCCAAAAGAUAAGGAUGGUAAACCAAAACAGUUCGCAUUUGUGAAUUUCAAACAUGAAGUAUCUGUUCCUUAUGCGAUGAAUCUACUUAAUGGAAUCAAACUUUUUGGGAGGCCCAUCAAAAUUCAAUUUAGAUCAGGAAGUAGCCAUGCCUCACAGGAUGUCAGUUUGCCAUAUCCCCAGCAUCAUGUUGGAAACUCAAGCCCUACCUCUACAUCUCCUAGCAGGUAUGAAAGGACUGUGGAUAACAUGACUCCAUCAGUACAGAUAAUUCAGAGAUCUUUCUCUUCUCCAGAAAAUUUUCAGAGACAAGCAGUGAUGAAUAGUGUUCUGAGACAGAUGUCCUAUGGUGGGAAAUUUGGUUCUCCACAUCUGGAUCCAUCAGGAUUUUCCCCAUCGCAUAGUCAUAGUUUUAACCAGUCUUCAAGCACCCAGUGGCGCCAAGAUACGCCAUCAUCACAACGUAAAGUCAGACAGAAUUCUCAUCCCUACAUCCCGGAUCGACAUUAUAGCCGUGAACAGUGGUACACUGACCAUGGGUCUGAUCAUCAUUACAGAGGAAGCAGGGAUGACUGCUUCAGUGAGGAUAGGAAUCCUGAUGGCUGGAGCCACGACUAUGAUAACAGAAGAGACAACAGCCGAGAUGGAAAAUGGCGUUCAUCUCGACACUAA